CACUUAUAUUCAUUGACUUUUAUAUUGAAAAUAUUUUUAUAAUGAGUACGGAAUGUUUUAUAAUUUUUCGGGAUUAUGUUAAUGAAGAUAUAUCACAAUGCAUAGAAUUAUUUAUAAAUGAAGGAUUAAACUUAGUAAAUAAAAUAUUAUUUGAUAUGUUUGGUGUAAAAAAUGCUGGGUCAAUACUUUUUUGGACAAGUAUGUUUAUGUUAUGUUUUAUCAUCCGUAUCGAUGUUUCUUAUUACAUGAUUAUACCUACCGUAUUUUUUUUAAUAAAAAUGAUAACUUUUACAAUAAUAUGGAAGAGAAUUAAGAAGAUUCGAGAAGAAAUAUGUAAAAUUAUAAAGUCUUACGUGUUUGACGAUUCAAAGUGUAUAUGGGUAUUUGAAGUGUUAACACCUCAUUCAAAAUUAAAUGUUCUUAAAGACGAUUUUGUUUGGACAUUUAUAGUCGAGGAGGAAUUACAUUCACGUAACAUCGACUUACUUAAAUAUGAUAGACAAAUAAUAGCUAUUAUCUCAAUAGAUAAACACGAGACAAUACCAGACUCCAUAAUAAUAAAAAGAUUAAUUAUUCAUGAAGAAUACAGAAUGAAAUAUUUAGGGACUUACUGUUUGGAUAUGGCUCUUGCAUUUGCCAAAAAUCAUGGAUAUGUUCUUAUUUUUAUUAUGCUCUCUAAAUACAUGGAUGAUGCUAUUAAUAUGGUUUCUAAUAGAGGUUUUAAAUUAUAUAAGAAACAUGAAUUAAGUUUUGUCAAAUCAUUAAUGGCAAUACCUACUUAUGAAUAUGUAUAUAAUUUACGUUCUAAGUAUUAUUAUCCCAAAUUUAAGAAACAACGUCAUAUAACAAGGACUUACAACCUUAAUUUUUGACAACGAACAUAAAAA